AUCGUCCUCCUUCCAGAUCUGCGUCGUGGAGUCCAAUUGAUCGGGGCGAUACUACGAGGAGGAGGCGGAGAAGGGGAGCGUCGUUAGAAUGGGUCGUGAGGGAAGCGGCGGCGGCGGUGAUGGAGGGGCGGUGGCCGACGGAGUGCUGAGGAAGGUGCUGCUCUCGUACGCCUACGUCGCGAUCUGGAUAUUCCUCAGCUUCACCGUCAUCGUUUACAACAAGUACAUCUUGGAUCCAAAGAUGUACGGAUGGCCCUUCCCCAUUUCGCUCACCAUGAUCCAUAUGGCCUUCUGCUCCACUCUCGCCUUUCUCCUCGUUCGCGUCUUCCGCCUCGUUGAUCCGCCGUCCUCCCCGGCCAUGUCCCGGGCGCUCUACUUCUCCUCCAUCGUCCCCAUCGGCGCCCUAUACUCCCUCUCCCUCUGGUUCUCGAACUCCGCCUACAUCUACCUCUCCGUCUCCUUCAUCCAGAUGCUCAAGGCGCUCAUGCCUGUCGCCGUCUACUCUAUUGGCAUACUGCUUAAAAAGGAGAUUUUUCAGAGUUCUUCCAUGCUCAACAUGCUCUCCAUUUCCUUCGGCGUUGCGAUCGCUGCCUACGGCGAGGCCCGCUUCAAUGCUACCGGCGUCGGUCUCCAGCUCAGCGCCGUCGCCUUCGAGGCCACCCGACUUGUCCUCAUCCAGAUCCUGCUCACAUCCAAGGGAAUCUCGCUCAACCCAAUCACUUCUCUGUACUAUGUUGCUCCCUGCUGUUUCGCUUUCCUCCUCGUUCCCUGGUCCGUUGUCGAGCUUCCUGUCCUCCGCGCACGCUCCGUGGCUUCCCUCCGCCCUGAUCUCCUCAUCUUCGGCACCAACUCCUUCUGUGCCUUCGCUCUGAAUCUGGCUGUUUUCCUCCUGGUCGGAAAAACCUCCGCACUCACCAUGAACAUCGCCGGAGUCGUCAAGGACUGGCUCCUCAUCGCCUUCUCCUGGUCCGUGAUUCGGGAUACAGUGACACCUAUUAACCUCUUUGGUUACGCAAUUGCCUUCCUCGGGGUCGCUUACUACAACCACGUCAAGCUGCAGGCGCUCAAGGCCAAGGAGGCGCAGAAAAAGGCUGCCCGGGCGGAUGAGGAGGCUGGAAAGCUUCUUGAGCAAAUCGAUGGUUCUGGAGAAAACCGAAAGGGUGACACCCAUGCUUGAUCUGUACUUCCAACACUGUACGUUCUGCUAGGAUUAGAUCGGUUCUACCUAAGUACUACUGAUGAAUCUCUACAUUCGUUAGCUUAUUUAUCUCUAGUACUGCAAUCUGCUGGUAAUGAGGAGGUUAAAGGGAAGAAUCAAAGAGAAAAGAAAGUAAAACAAAGAUCUUUAUUGCCUUCUUACAUUGUUUACCCCAUUUUUCUAGUUAUUAUCCAUGAAUUGGCAUUUAUGACGGAUCUUAAACUGAUUGUAACAGAUUCACCUCUGUCAGAUACAGGAAAGGCAGGGAGAUAUUUUGUAGCAGGCUAGCUGCAUUUUGAGGUGGGUAGAGGGUUUUGGAAGUAUCAAAUUAGGCUGGCUUGUAUUUGUUUGAAUCAUUCUUCUUUGGAGGGUUGGCCAGUAUUCUGUAUGUUAAAAUUAUUGUUGGUGUUGUAUGCCGAAGCAUUUCCAUUGCCUCCUCUUGAAUGAGAAUGAAAAUCUUAUUUAUUUUUAUCA